GCAGCGGAUGGGGCAAGCCCGUGCAGCCAACAUGGCCUUCGUAGGUCAAGUUUAUCAACGAUGUCGUUGCGGAUUGGUGAUGCUCGCCGCGGGUCUGAAGAACCACGUGGAGAAGGAUUGUUCUGAUGGUACCCCGAGGACCCCAGCCAAGAAAAAAAGAAAAAUCAAGAGUGACCCGAGCGAAGGAUACGCGCAGGUACCUCGAGAUGCUUGCAGACCAAUUUCCUCAGAACACACAGUUCAAAAUCAUUUGCCGGAAGUGCCCGGAAUCCUGCAAGCUCAACAAGCCCGUCAACGAAAAGCUUUCAGCCCAAGAGUUUCUAACUGCCUGGGCGGGUCAUUUUGAGGCUCUGGAUGUCCGAACGGCUACACAGCAGGUUCGCUUCAUGCAUUGGGAGAAUGCCAAGCUGGAGCAGACGGCUGAGGAUCUUCGGAAGCGUUUGCAGGAGGAAGAGCGAGAUGGAGUAGUCCGACAGCAAGAGGCCAACCAGAUGCUUGAGACAGCAAAGGUGAUGGAGCAAAACUCCAAGCAAGUGAUCAGCGAGCAGCUGGCAGUGAAUGAAAGUUUGCUGCAUGAGACAGCUCGGCUGAAGCGGGAGUUGAACGAGGCAGUGAACAUGGCUGAAGCUUCAGCACAGUGUGUCAUAUGCCGUGAUGCUAAGCCAUCCAAGGCCUUCGUUCCCUGUGGGCAUGUUUGCGUGUGCUCAUCGUGUUGGGAUGAGUUCACACGGAGCAGUGGCAGCAAAUGCCCCAAGUGCCGCAGAGAGAUACAGUUUUCAUUUUCCGUUUGGAUUUAGUCCAUACGCUGCACGCAGCGGGUGAGGUGGAGGCGGUUCGCCUCCAAGUUGCCUCGGCGUUGAAACUCUUUCGUUUGUGACAAUUCAGUGGACCUCGUCAUUGAUACAAAGGCCACUUGCGGAUGCACCGGGCCGCGCGGCUGUCUCAUUUGUCAGUAUCUACCAACUACUGGCCCUUUAGUUCACUGCAUCGUGAUUAUGUAAAUGAGAUUGCCAUUGAGUGGAUUGGUGAGAGAAUCACCCAACUAUUUUCC